AUGGGUUCCCGCGGUAAAAAAAUUAUGUCUGUGGUUAAGACCCAACAAAAUAAUUCCAUAAAAAACAAAGCAUUAGUUAAAACCUGGUUAGCGAACUUUCAUAGAGAAGAUCAGGACUAUGAUCAUGACUACAAUUUAGAAACCUCUCAUUCUUCAAUAAAUAAUAUCUCCAUUACUUCAGAUGGAAGAAAAAUGGAUCAUUCAGAUACUGACGAUUAUAAAAAAUGUAAUCAUGCCAAUAAUGCGGACACAGUUUUAAUCGACGAAGUAAAAAUUAAUUCCGUGCUACAAAAUAUCGUUACGGGUAAUGUGGCAAGAAAUUAUAUUGAAAAUGUAGCUUUAACUACAGAUAGUAAAAAAUGUAAUCAUUCAAAUGAUGGGGAUUCUUUCAGUGUGAUUAACAUUGAUUUAGAGCCACAAAACACUUUACUAAAAGAGGUGCUAAUGCAAGACACCUUCUCGAAUGCGAAUGAAACCGACCCUGAUAAUAAUGAAGAUUUUUCCGCGACUGAUGGAUUUGAAUAUAAACCAACAAAAAAAAUGCGUCCAAGAAAAAUACUUUCACAUUCAGCCCGAAGUACAUCUAGCUCUGGCAGUAGUUCCUCGAGCUCAAGUAGUAGUUCAUCCAGCUCUGGCAAUAGUUCUAGCCACUCCGGAUCUACAUCUUGCUCCGAAAAUGUUUCUGAAGUAUCAAUUAUACGUAAUAAUGCAGCCUCUGAGACUAUUCAAGGAAGUACUGAACAGGCUAGUACUGUACCAAAGUCUAAAAAAAGGACCAUAAAUCCUAGUCAAUGGAAAAAAUCAAAACACUGGUGA